AUGCUCCAUUUUCGGUCUAAUCUGUCUGUUUCUAUCUAUCUAUCUAUCUAUCUAUCUAUCUAUCUAUCUAUCUAUCUAUCUAUUUAUCACAGUCUGUUCGCAUCUAUCUAUCUAUCUAUCUAUCUAUCUAUCUAUCUAUCUAUCUAUCAAUCACAGUCUGUUCGCAUCUAUCUAUCUAUCUAUCUAUCUAUCUAUCUAUCUAUCUAUCACAGUCUGUUCGAAUCUAUCUAUCUAUCUCAGUCUGUUGUCAUCUAUCUCUAUCUAUCUCAGUCUGUUCGCAUCUAUCUAUCUCAGUUUGUUUAUAUCUAUCUAUCUAUUUCAGUUUCUCUCUCUAUCUACCUAUCUAUCUCAGUCAUUCACGUCUAUCUAUCUAUCUAUCUAUCUAUCUAUCUAUCUAUCUAUCUAUCUAUCUAUCUUAGUCUGUUAACAUCUAUCACAUUCUGUUCGCAUCUGUCUAUCUAUAUCAGUUUGUUCACAUCUAUCACAUUCUGUUCGUAUUUAUCUAUCUCAGUCUGUUCAUAUCUAUCUAUCUAUCUAUCUAUCUAUCUCUCUAUCUAUCUAUCUAUCUAUCUAUCUAUCUAUCUAUCUAUCUAUCUAUCUAUCACAGACUGUUCGCAUGUUUCAAAAUCUAGGUUAAGGGACGACACGGAACCGCCGUUCGCUCCCGAUAUAGAGCUGCCUGAUAAUCAUCCCCAGGCAAAUCGCUCGAGAGUGAAACUCGACACCAAGUGGCGGGCGGCGGGUGGGGUGGUGAGUGUGGAGUGGGGACAGGGUCUGGCGUAUGCAUCGAUAUGUUCUUAA